AUGUCUGAUGUUGCUAUUGUUGUUAUUCUGGGAUUGGUAUUGCUACAAUCGGCAGAAUGCAGAAAGAUUCAGGAGGCUGUUACGUACUCCGCCAUUGCGUGCCGGAAACACAGUGCUCUUUUGACCGAUUUUGGAGCCGUUGGUGAUGGAAAAAUAUUGAACACAAAGGCCUUCAAAGCUGCAGUGGAUAAAUUAAGCCAGUAUGCAUCCGAUGGCGGAGCGCAGCUUAUUGUGCCCCCAGGCAAAUGGCUUACCGGGAGCUUCAACCUCACCAGCCACUUUACCCUUUUCCUUCAUAAGGAUGCUGUUAUUCUAGCGUCUCAGGAGGAGUCCCAGUGGCCUCUUCUUCCGCCACUGCCUUCAUACGGGCAAGGGAGAGAUGCCCCUGGUGGAAGGUUUAGCAGUCUCAUCUUCGGAACAAAUCUUACCGAUGUCGUAAUUACUGGUAACAAUGGCACCAUUGAUGGCCAAGGAGCUCCUUGGUGGGACAAGUUCGAAAAGGGUCUUUUGAAUGUCACCCGACCCUAUUUGCUUGAGAUUAUGUUCUCUAAUCAGAUCCAAAUCUCCAAUCUCACUUUUACUAAUUCUCCAUCCUGGCACAUCCAUCCCGUUUACAGCAGUAACAUUACUAUACAAGGCAUCACUAUCCUUGCACCAGUUGAGGUUCCUAACACGGAUGGGAUUAACCCCGACUCAUGUUCCCAAACUCGAAUUGAAGACUGUUACAUUGUCUCCGGUGAUGACUGCAUUGCAGUGAAGAGUGGCUGGGAUAACUACGGAAUCAAAUUUGGAAUGCCGAUGGAGCAUCUUGUUAUCAGGAGGCUUACCUGCAUUUCACCUAAAAGUGCUACGGUUGCUCUAGGUAGCGAAAUGUCUGGUGGAAUUCGGGAUGUUAGAGUUGAAGAUGUCACAGCCAUUAACACCGAAUCCAGCAUCAGGAUCAAAACAGCCGUAGGGAGAGGGGCUUAUGUCAAAGAUAUUUUUGUACGAAGAAUGACGUUGAGCACUAUGAAGUACGUUUUCUGGAUGACAGGCGCCUACGGUUCACAUCCAAGCGAGGGCUUUGAUCCAAACGCACUUCCUGUUAUUCAAAACAUCAACUAUAGAGACAUUGUUGCUAAAAAUGUCACUCACCCAGGACAGUUGGAUGGAAUUGCUAAUGAUCCUUUCAAGGGAAUCUGCAUAUCUAAUGCGACUAUCACACUAACUGCGAAGCCAAAGAAAGUGCUGUGGAACUGCACUGAUGUCGAGGGAAUUACAAGCAAUGUGACUCCAAAGCCUUGCGCUUUGUUGCCCGAACAGCAAAAACCAAUUAAUUGUGCUUUCCCUGAGGAUAAGUUAGCCAUUGAGGGUGUCAAGCUGAUGACUUGUUCUGCAGCUUCUGCUUAA